AAAUGUACAUUAAAAAAAAGAAAAGAAAAAAGAAAUUGUCGUUUUAUCAGACAAAUACUUGGAAACCUCUUCAACCCAUCCAGAAGCUGAGAGAGAGAGAGAGAGAGAGAGAGAGAGUGUGUUUGUCAUGGGCCUUAUGGCAUUUACUUUAGGAACAUGUUGUUCCACUUACAGGCCACCAUAUAUGAUCUGCAAGGCCACUAUCAACAACAAUAGCCACGCGCUCGAGGCCGCGUACAUCCGACGCGCCGCUGAGCUUGCCGACAAGUCCGCCGGCUUCACCUCCCCUCACCCCAACUUCGGUUGCGUCAUCGCCACCUCCUCUGGCCAUGUAGCCGGCGAGGGCUACCUUUACGCUCAGGGCACCAAGCCGGCCGAGCUCCAGGCCAUUGAGUCGGCCGGUGCGUGGAGUCGACGCGCCACCGCCUAUGUCAACUUGGAGCCCGGUGACUGCCACGGCGACCACACUGCUGUCUCCGCUCUCGUCCAGGCAGGGAUAUCAAGAGUUGUGGUUGGCAUGAGGCACCCUUUGCAGCAUCUCCGAGGCAAUGCGGUACGUGCAUUGAGAAGUCAAGGAGUUCAAGUUGAUGUUCUUGGAGAGGAUCUAAAGAGCAAAAUUAUUGAGGAAGCUCGAAAAACAUGCCUCCUAGUCAAUGCUCCUAUUAUAUGUAGAUCUGCUUUGCGAGUUCCCUUCUCCGUUCUCAAGUUUGCAAUGACUCUUGAUGGAAAAAUUGCUUGUAGUAGUGGACAUGCAUCCUGGAUAAGCGGUAAAAAGUCUCGGAGUCGAGUUUUUGAGUUGAGGGGUAGAAGUGAUGCCAUUAUCGUAGGAGGAAAUACUGUACGCAGGGACAAUCCACGACUAACAGCAAGACAUGGGGGUGGGCAUAUGCCUGUGCGCAUUGUAAUGAGUCAGACUCUUGAUCUUCCUGAGGAAGCAAACCUUUGGGACUUGUCUGAGGUAUCUACUAUAGUUGUAACACAAAGGGGUGCUAGGAGGAGCUUUCAGAAACUGCUUGCUUCUAAAGGAGUAGAAAUUGUGGAGUUUGACAUUUUAAACCCUAGAGAGGUUAUGGAAUAUUUGCAUGAUCGUGGGUGUCUUUCAGUUUUUUGGGAAUGUGGAGGGACACUUUCUGCAUCUGCUAUUUCAUCUGGAGUAAUACACAAGGUAUUUGCAAUUGUUGCUCCUAAAAUUAUUGGUGGGAAGAAUGCUCCAUCUCCUGUGGGUGAACUUGGGAUGGUUGAAAUGACACAAGCUUUAGAUUUGAUUGAUGUUUGCUAUGAGCAGGUUGGACCUGACAUGUUUGUUAGUGGAUUUCUUCAGCCCUUACCAGAUGUCACACCUGUUAUCCCAUCAGUGGAUGAGACCUUUGCAAUUGAUCCUACUGUCACUCCACAUGAAUCAAGCAUCAUUUUCUUCUAUAAAACAUGGGAUCCUUAUGGUUGUUUUUCAAAUUUUUCUCAUCAUCCAAUUCAAAUGCCUGACGAGAAGGGUGAUUAUGCCACUUGGUUGAGUGUAGAGCAUUACUACCAGGCACAAAAGUUUGUUGGGGUGGAUGAUCCUGUGGCAUGGGAAUGUGUUGAAAAUAUCAAAUCCGCAAAAAGUCCAGAGGAAGCAGCACGAAUAGGAAGGUCAAUACAGAGACAGCAACCUGAUCUGGUAAGAUCAGAUUGGGACAGUGUAAAGAUUGACGUUAUGUACAGAGCAUUGAAAUGCAAAUUCUCGAUUUACCCUCAUUUGAAUUCUAUGUUGCUCUCAACUGCUGGUUCUGUUCUAGUAGAAGCUUCACCACAUGAUCUUUUUUGGGGCGGUGGGCGAGAUGGAGAGGGCCUAAAUUAUCUAGGCCGGCUGUUGAUGCAGUUGAGAUCAGAGUUUCUUGGUGAGUCCUCUUGCAUGGCUAUAUGAUUUGCAAAGAGAUAUAUAUAUAUAUAUAUAUAUAUAGUUGUGUGUGUGUAGAUACAUAUACAUAUAUAUAUAUAUAUAUAUAGUUGUACUUGUACCUAUAAAGUUAGAUGAUAAAAGAUUAUGUAUUAAUUCUUUUUUGUAACAUCAUAGUCAUAGUUAUUUAUUAAACAAUUGGACUCCAGAGUCCAGACAUAUAUACAUGAGAGUACUGCAUAUAGCUUUUUCC